GACUACGGUCUGGAUCUGCAGCCAUCAUGAAAUGAGACUAAUUUCAGCCCUCAAGUCUCCAUUGGAAGCUGCAACACCAUCUGCCGGUGGAGUUCACACGCGUCGACGAAUCCGUUCCCCGCCCGAGGUUGACGGAUGAAACAAGCCCGGGCCCUGCAGGCCACAGGGGCAUAUAUACGAUAUGGCCGUCAUGAUUCCUCCGCACGCCCUCCAACCCUCCCCCAAAUGUAAUCUUCUUCACUUCUCCGUCCUUUCUUUGCAGACGGCCAGUCGGUCUCGCCAUGGAAGAGAUUUGGGAGAGAGACCUCACCCCCGAGCGAAUAGCCUAUCUGGCGCAGUCUCGGAUUCCCGAGAUCAUCGCCUGUAAUACGGUACUGAUCGUGUUCGCGACCGGUGGGUUGCUGGUGCGUCUUUUCGUCCGGAUGCGCUAUCUCACGGGCAUCAAUCUCGAUGAUCUGCUAUGCUUGACCAGUUGGAUUUUUACCUUCGUUUUGUGUUUUACUUGCAUGUUGAUGACCAAGUAUGGAUUUGGCAGGCAUAUUGGUGUGAUCGAUAUGAGCGAUCGGGGCAUGUUCCUGAGGCUCAACUUCGUCACGAUGCUCGCCUACGUUAUCGCCCUCGGAUUUAUCAAGACUUCCUUCUGCGUCCUCUACCUGAGUAUAUUCCCCGGGAAGAAGUUUCGCAUCGGCUGUUGGUGUGUGCUGGCCAUCAUCGCCGCCGAGACAAUUUCGGAAAUCCUUGUUGUGAUAUUUCAAUGUUGGCCGGUCCACAAAGCAUGGGAUGCCACGGGGCUGGUGGAGGGCCACUGUGUGAACAUGACAGCAUUUUACUAUGCGAAUUUUGGGAUCAAAAUGGCCAGUGAUUUGGCCCUCUUCUUGAUGCCGAUGCCAAAACUGGUGCGAUUGAAGAUGACGGUCGGAAAGCGCGUGGGCUUGGUAAUGAUGUUCAGUCUGGGUCUUCUUGUUUGUGUGACAUCCGUCAUUCGAGUUUCUUAUAUGAACCCUUUCUCUGUCGACCACACCUGGUCGUUGGUCAACACAAUGAACUGGUCCUGCGUCGAAGUCGGGGUUGCCGUCUUUAUUGCGUGCAUUCCCUCGUUCAAAUCGCUCAUCACUGCCCGCUUCCCAGGACUGCAGCGUCUGCUCGGCUUUUCCACCCAGGGCGAGUCUAACGGCCCGUCAAAAAUGUACAGCACCACAACCCGUCGGACGAACAACGGGAUGCCUAUUGGGGGGCAGCACAGCAUCAGACUAAAACCGGUGACAGGACUCAGCAGUGCAGAGGUGGAAACCACGAAUGAAUCCCAGGAGCGCAUCGUCUGCCCAGGCAUUCAGGUGACGACCUAUGUUUCUGUGAACGAGACCGUCUGAGUGCGGAUAAAUGAGUUCUAUGCUAUACUUCUUUGUUAUAUCUUAU